GUUCAGCACACAGCCCUGCAUACCUAUAACAAAUAUACAGCUCUACAUAGAUUAGAUAAAGCAGCUCUAUAGCAAAUAUUUGCUUGGCAACGCUGCAAGCACGUGUUCUAACCUCAUUUAGUGUCACGAUCAACAAGUGGUUUAUAUUUAUUAAAAACAAUUUAAAAAAAUGUCGAACGAAAACACAAAACUUAGCAACUUUGCUGUGGAACUUUUCAAAAUUAAUGCUGUUAAAUUUGGAGAGUAUAAAACCAAAGUUGGGAUUAUGACACCGGUUUACUGCGAUUUAAGGGUGAUUGUAAGCUACCCCAAAUUAAUGCUAACUUUGGCAGAACUUUUAACAGAAAAACUACACAGCAUAAAAAACAUAGACCUUCUAUGCGGCGUACCAUACACUGCCCUACCUAUAGGUACCGCGGUAUCCCUAAAAACUGGCAUACCAAUGGUUAUGCGCAGAAAGGAAGCUAAAGACUACGGUACCAAAAAACUAAUUGAAGGUUUUUACAAAGAAGGCGAUGGUUGCCUUAUUAUUGAAGAUGUGGUGACUUCUGGCAGCAGUAUUUUGGAGACAGUUAACGAUUUGGUAGGCGCGGGUUUAAAAUGCACAGAUGCAAUAGUUUUGUUGAAUAGAGAACAAGGGGGUGACAAAAUUUUGGAGGGUAACGGUAUUAAAAUGCACGCUUUGUUAACCAUUAGUGAGUUGAUGCAGUAUUUGAAAAAUGCUAAAUGUAUAGAUGACGCAAUGGUUAAAAAGGUUCAGGAUUAUUUGGCUAGCACGCAAGUUGAUUCAAAUAUCCUUAAAAAGGAUCCUGUUGAAGACAGACUAAAAUUAUCCUUUGAAAAAAGGAUUCCAUUCACCAAAAACCUUGUAGCUACAGAACUACUAAAAAUAAUGUCAUCCAAGCAAACUACACUGUGCGUGGCUGCAGACCUAACCAACUCAACUGACAUACUAAACCUGGCAGAACAAGUUGGACCACACAUAUGCGCAUUAAAAACGCACAUCGAUAUCGUGGAUGAUUUUCAUGAAAACCUCCUUAAACCCCUUAAAGAAAUUGCUGACAGACACAACUUUAUUUUAUUUGAAGAUAGAAAGUUUGCUGACAUCGGCAAAACAGUGGAAUUGCAGUAUAGUAAGGGGGUAUACAAAAUCUCAUCUUGGGCAAAAUUAGUUACAGCUCAUAGUUUAUGCGGCAAGGGAGUGUUGGAUGCUAUCAAAGGCGCAGAAGGCUUAGAAAACCGCGGUGUUUUCCUAUUGGCGGAAUUGAGUGCCGCCGGUAACUUGAUAGACGAAGCCUACGUCAAAAAAACUCUAAAACUAGCUGAAGAAUACCCAGAAUUGAUUGUGGGUUUGGUAUCACAAAACCCCUUAACAAAUAAUCCAGGUCUUCUACAAUUAACACCUGGUGUACAAAUUGAUACAAAAUCUGACAAUUUGGGGCAACAAUAUAAUUCACCUGAAAUUAUUGUGUUAGAAAAAGGCGCAGAUAUUGCAGUGGUUGGAAGGGGAAUAACACAAUCCAAUCAACCUGCAGUUGCUGCCUUAAAUUACAAAAAUAUAUUGUGGCAAGCAUAUUUGAACCGAAUUAAACAAUAACUAAGUUUAUCAAUAAAUAUGAAUUUUAUAGUUAGUUUUUUAAUUUUUUGUUAUGUUAUAUUUAAUUUUAAUAAAAUAUGAUUU